GCAUGACACCACCUCCAGCCUGCCAAAACGCUUCUCCACCCACUACCAGUGUCCACUCCGGCCUCUGACCAUAAGCUCGCAGGACACACUAGUGGGCGGUGGGAGGUCUUCGGCUCGGACCGCACAACUUGGGCUUCGCAAACACUCCACUUCCGUCCACGAAGCAGCUUCCGAGGCCGAGAUUUGGGAAGGGGAGCCGGCCCAGCUCGUCUCCUGAUUGGACAGAGUUAUAACCCAAAUUUAGCAGGAAGCGGAAAAGAAGGGAAGAUGGGAGAUAACGUAGUGGAUAACGUGGAAGAGCCGCCAGCUACUGAGGUAACAGAGGGGGGAGACGCGCCCCUCACCCUCUCAGAUCAACUACAAGAAAUCGAAAAAGAAGAACGUAAGGCUAGAAGGAGGCGAUAUGGAUCUUGGAAGAAACCUCCUAGUUACGUUUACGCAACCAAUUUUGGUUUUGGAGUGCAAAGUUAUCAGCCCAUGAUUGAGUACCUCGAUGCGAAAGAUGAUGGGCAACCAGUCAACAAAGAUGACGUCCACCUUCCCAUGAUCGAGGAGCGGUGCAUGACCAAACACGCGGCCGACAAGCCCUUCAGGUGGUACAAGAAUAGCGAUAUUGACAAAUAUAUCGACAAGGGGGAAAAGAUCCGUACGCAGAUUAGGCAGAACGAUGCCAUAGGAGUGAGUAACGUGUUGAGAAGAACACACACCAACUGGUCUAUGACAAGAAAGUGGGUUCAAAGUGUCAAAAAAUCGUACGUGGUAGACUAUCGUAAACUACACAAGAAGGCAGCAGAGUUUGAGGAUGUAGACUAUGUAGACUACCGUCCGCCAACUCCCGUCAAGGCCGUUUACUACCGAGAACUCACGCCAAGACCACGCUAUCUCGACGAUUUGUCCUCCGAGUUUGCCAGUGUUGUGAAAACCCUCGCCCAGAGCAGGAUGGAGCACGAGAACGAACUGGCAGCGCGUAGGGAAAAGAUGAAGAUGUUGGACGAAAAAUUCGAAGACACUGUCGAUCAUAUUUACAGUCAGAUGAGACACAUCAGUCAGCGCGCUGACCAGUACGCCUCCUCCGCUAAUGACCCCCGGAAAAUUGACACCGUUGAAUACGACACGAUCCUCCGGAAUAGGACUCGCCGUGAUGAGGAGCUAAAAAAUAUGAUGGAAUGUGUAAACGAGCUCACGGAAAUGGACAGUGCCAGGAACAAACUGCGCGCAAGCUUGCGCAGCUUAGACGAUGAGGUGCAUGGGCUGAGCAGCCGCGUGGACGACAUGAGGCACCUUCAUACGACGGAGCGCCUGCAGAGUACAGACACCAACGUUGAACUGGACAUGUUAAGGGCACAACUUGCCGCUCGCAGAAGUUAUUCUCGUCCCAGCUCCAUUGCUCGGGAUGACGAGGAAGAUGACUACGAUGAAGUGAAAACCUGCAGGAAGCCAAAGCAAGCCAUACUCUUGCCAAAACGCGAGAGGGUAACCGCCAAGCCCAGGGAGCCACUGCUGCAGGAUGAAGUGAUCUCCGACGUGUACGCUCGCGUCCUUAACAAGGCUGGGGAGUUGGGUACUCGAACUAGUGAACAGCGAAGGAUCAACAGCCGAGCUCGCUUCGUCAAUGUAUUCAAGCCUCGUCCCGACACAGCUGACCGCGAACUCCUGGUGCCUCCCUCCCUCACCGAACUCAACAUCGACUACAUGGCGAAGACUCUGGCUACGAAAGGCGCCUGCCAGCGUCGCUACGAUAUUGACGCCGAAGUCCCGGCUCCUCGCUCCAACAUCAACACCAACGCCUUCAAGGAUUACUGUGAACUGAGAGCUAGGAAGCCCAUUGAGGAGCACCCAUCACUCAGUAACCGUGUGAGGUAUGCCAACAUCAGGGCCCGCGCCAGGAGCACCCUCCUCGGGUACUAGACCACCAAGCCUAAUCCCUAUCCUAGAAAUAUAUACUCUAUUCCCGGCAUCCAAGAAGACGCUCCUGCCGCUCGCUACCACCUGACAACACUUGCUCCCAACCCCCCUCCCCACGUCGAAACAACACAAGAGGAACCCACAGAAAUCUUCGCUCACAUCACCGUCAGAACACGACCCCCGAGGGAACCAAGGAACGCCUUCGGUCUCACCACUAUCGGUCCAGAGGAGUCCCCAGGAAUACAACCUGUCUCUCCGAACAGUUCCACAAUCCUCCCAAUGUUUACUCAACACCUCGGUCUUCUCAAAAGCCCGAGGUGGUGAAGUGAGCUGGAAAAAACAUUAAUGAACAGUGAGUUUGUGCUUAGUGGAUAAGAUCAAUCUGUGUGUGAGCUGUGUGGACCAGACCUCACCAGAUUCUCUUCUUAUGGAGACGUUGUAUUCAGUGUUGACCACCACGAACUGUGUUCCCUGCUGCCUAGUGUUGUCAGAACGAACUGUAAUGUUUAAACAGUACGAACAAACGACGAAGUUUUACGAAAUAUUUCUGUUUCAUUUUACGAUACACUUGUUUAAAAUUUAUUUUCGUGCGGUCAAGCAAUAUAUGUGUGUGGCUUGCAGGUAUUUUAUUUAUAAAAGCUACUCGUUACAUAUACUUUUUAUUGAUUGGUAUAUAUACUUUUAUGUACACAUUAUAUCCUGACAUUGUGGUAUAUAAAUAAAUGUUUUUAUAACACAUUA